AACAACAUGUGUUUUAAUUUGUCAUCUACCAACAACUACCUAGUCUGUGAUAUCAACAUAUGUUUUAAUUUGUCAUCUACCAACAACUACCUAGUCUGUGAUAACAACAUAUGUUUUAAUUUUUCAUCUACCAACAACUACCUAGUCUGUGAUAUCAACAUGUGUGUUAACUUAUCUACCAACAACUUCCUAGCCUGUGAUAACAACAUGUGUUUUAAUUUGUCAUCUACCAACAACUACCUAGUCUGUGGUAACAACAUGUGUGUUAACUUAUCUACCAACAACUUCCUAGUCUGUGAUAUCAACAUGUGUUUUAAUUUGUCAUCUACCAACAACUACCUAGUCUGUGAUAACAACAUGUGUUUUAAUUUGUCAUCUACCAACAACUUCCUAGUCUGUGAUAACAACAUGUGUUUUAAUUUGUCAUCUACCAACAACUACCUAGUCUGUGAUAUCAACAUAUGUUUUAAUUUUUCAUCUACCAACAACUACCUAGUCUGUGAUAACAACAUGUGUGUUAACUUAUCUACCAACAACUACCUAGUCUGUGAUAACAACAUGUGUUUUAAUUUGUCAUCUACCAACAACUACCUAGUCUGUGAUAUCAACAUGUGUGUUAACUUGUCAUCUACCAACAAC